AAAAGACCAGAGUUAGUCAAGGUCUCUCAUUAUGUAUGAUAUAUGACUAUGUUGCCUAACCUGACAACGUGAUAACAAAUCUGACCCAAAUCAAUUUAAUCAGAAGGCAUGGACAGGAGUCAGCAUUUAAAAAUAGAUCUGAAUGAAUGAAUUUUUUUGAAGUGAUGUACUUUAGUUAGUAAUAAAUUCAGUGCUAGCUGAGCCACAAAUGCAGGUCAUAUUCAAAGCAAAGAAAGCCUUCAUGAGUUAGACAUGUUAAAGCCUGAAGCUGGUAUCUUCAUUUUUCAUUUAGUAAACACGGUUAGACGACUCGAACAUGUAGCCAACGCGAAAUCUUAAACUAAUCCGACACACUUAUUGAAAAACUGCCAUUCAAAAUGGCGCCGUGCAGUGGCCAGACUCCUGCUGGACUUUAAUCCGCCACGAUCCGAGUGACGAACUUCCGGCUUCCCUUAUCACAGGGACUGGAAACUAGAUCAAGCAGAGAUGACACCCACUUCACGUUACCGGUUACUUCUGGUAAAUGGAACAAAAUAAAUCAACUCAGCCAUGGUUUCAUGUAUGCUCGGUGUGCAGGGAUGGCACGCGGUAGGAACCGGAGAGGGAAGUGAACACCAAAACACAGCGCUCGUGCGUUAAUGUGGACUGUAGACGCUACACGGCUUGACGUGUGCUUUAACCAAAAUGCAUCGGUUAUACGGUCAUGAUCCGGUGUAACUCCUGUGUCAGAAAGGUGAACCCAAUGCAGCGCUUGUCUUUAUGCUUCCAUCGGACCUUAACCGCUUUCAGGGUGCUGUAGAUUACCAACCAUAUACCGAGCUCUUCCGGCUGCACGCGAGGGUGAUAUCUAAACCUGCCGUUAAGGGCGAAUUUAUGGGAUCACAAGUUUCCUCUGAUGAGAUGAGUGUGCGUGCAGGCCAGGGCAGUGAUGAGGUACUGGUGUCUCAGGCUGUGUGGGAUUACCUGGCAGCAGCCGGGAGGCCGUGGCUGCUUGACUUUGAGGAUAAACAGGGACUGAGCGCUGGAAUUGUGCGCCGUGGAGAGCGCGGAGGCUGCUGUGCUGUAAGACUCUCACCGGUGGAGGGCAGGACCAGGUUGAUGGAAGGCCCAGUCUCACCUGCUACACGCAAAGCCUUUAUAGACCUGUGCCGCUGUGCCCGCAAGGAGAUGACCAAACAGGAAGCUGCUCCAAAGAGAAAGCGCUCUCUGUUACCCUGUAUUGGGGUGGUGGAAACAGAUGCUGAGGGCAGUUUGCUUCCUCCCCCUCCUCCACAGCCACGUCGAUCCCAGAGGCAGCAGCAAAGGUGCAGGAAAAGCACUGAGAUGGACUCCUGUGUUGUUCUGCCCAUGCUGCACGAAGCCACAGCAAAGACGGAUUGUGAUUCGGGAGCAGGCCGGUCGAGCGAAGAUGACAGUGCCAUCUGCUCCAUCUGCAUGGGAGAGAUGGUGGAGAAGACGACUUUGGAGAAGUGCGGCCAUUCGUUCUGUCGCUCCUGCCUGGAACAGGCAUUCCAGGUGAAGAAGGCUUGUCCUGUGUGCAGGCUCGUUUAUGGCCAGCUUAUUGGGAAUCAGCCAGCAAAUGGUAGCAUGAUGGUGGAAAGAGACCCAGAUCUGGAGUUGCCUGGGCAUCAGGGCUAUGGCUGCAUAUGCAUUAUCUAUAGCUUCCCUCCAGGAUUCCAAUCACAAGAGCACCCGAACCCUGGGGUGCGGUAUCCAGGCACAGACCGCGUGGCUUACCUACCGGACAGCCCAGAGGGUAACCGUGUGUUGCGACUGCUGCGGCGGGCUUUUGAACAACGGCUCAUUUUCACUAUAGGAACCUCUAUGACCACAGGCAUGCAUAAUGUCAUCACAUGGAACGAUAUCCACCACAAGACCUCUAUAUGGGGUGGACCACGAUGCUUUGGUUACCCAGAUCCUACAUACCUCGUGCGGGUGACGGAGGAGUUGCGGGAAAAAGGAAUAACGGCUGACUGAUCCUUUGGUACUCAGCACUUUGGGACAACUAGCGACCUGGCAAGUGGACCAGAUUGACCACAGACUAUCCAGUGAUUCACUGUGUUAAUGUAAAUCACAGCUAUUCUACAGUACCGGUUUGGUCAGGCGGCUUUUACAAACACCGAGAUUGUGUUGAUUUGUUUCAUUUUGUUUGAACAAAAAGUGAUUGCUUUCUUGCAAUAAGUGACACGUUAUAAUUGAGUGCAGUGCAUUCCACACUUUUAUUGUUUUCAGAGACGGCACUUUGAAAAGUUAAGGGCGAAAUCAAAAGCCCUGUGGUUUGCUGAACUUUGAGAUGAAGUGGUGAAUAACUUCUUUCUGCUGUUGUAGUAGGGAAGUAAACUGUUUUCAUGUUCUAGACAAAUGGCUUUCUCCUGUCUUCUCUCUGUUUCUUCCAUCCAGAGGGUUUUCUUUGACUUGUUCUUUGAAUGUUUUGCCACUGUCUGGACCAAGAAAGCAAACCAGAGCUAUACUGAUACUGGGCCAUUUUUUUGUUAGUUUUUCAUAAGCAGCACUACAAGGCACUUUGCAGUUAUGUAUGUAUGUUAAUUGUUAUAUUUCGGAGCUGAUUUCUGGUCUGUUUCCAGAUACGCAGCAUUUUGCGGAUGUAGAGACCAGUUUAGCGGCUACAAGCUGAUGUCAGAUCCUAUACUCUUUUUUUUUUUUUUUUUGGCUUCCUCUUUAUUUCAUCCAGAAAGAUCUUAUUUUUCAAGAUAUAGAAAAAAACCUUUCUCUUGAUUUUUUUUUUACUAAUAAUUAUUAAUUCAUCUGUACUUUGUGUUUUGGUAAAUGUUUGGAAAACCCCAGUCAAAAAUUGCUCCUGUGAUUAGAUCAGCUUUAAAAAAAAAUGUUUGGAAGGUUUCUUUUGCAUGUCUGUUAUUGACUUGAAUGUGCAAGCUUCUAUAAGAUGUCAUUAAAAAAAGACCUGUAGACUAUCCCAAAUCAAAUGAAAGGCACAAUCGGAUUCUUCCACUAUGGAAGAAUCACACUUAAGCCUCAAAUCCAGCAAACGGAAAUCACUGGAUUUAUUUCAUGUCAGUAGGCUUUCUUAAUUUAUACUGUUACAGUUCUGGUGUGAUUCUACAGCCAUGUGAUUAGUUAAAGUUUAUCCCAGCAGUAUAAUGGAAAAGAAAUAUGCAGUAGUGUUUAUUUUCUCAUUCAGUCUGUUAUUGUACUGUUAACUAAAGAUCGCAGCAUGUUCUGACGAGUGAUAAAGAUUUCUCUGUAGUGAGUGGUCACCGGUUAUAGCCAGAAACAUGAAGCAUGGCAGUAUGUCGAGAACAUUAUAGUACCUAUGCGAUUUGGUUAAUUAUUACAGACUUGAACUCUUUUCUGCUAUAUACAAAAUGUGAGGAUUAUGCCUGUUUGGCUCUAAAAUGGUUUAUUAACUAUAUUAUCAUGAAAUGGAAAAAAGAAACACUGAAUAUGUCUAAAGCUGUCUAAAAUGUUUCUUUUUGUUUUAUCUCCCUCCUCAUUUUGUGUUAAGGGACCAACACGAAGAUCCUUUUGGAUGAUAUAGUGACACCAAUCAUGCAAAAUUCUAUGCAGUUCAUGUUAGAUGAGGAAGAAAUAAGCCUCUUAAAGAUAAUUGAUUGUUAUUCAGAGUUCAUGAUUUGCCUUUAUGACUGUGUUGAUUUGUACACAACAGACCUGUCUGCUACAAUACGUGCUUUAUGUUUUCAUACUUGAAUAAAGAGUUCUGUUCAGUUGC